UAGGCGAGCGUCUAACUACGGUGAGCAUAGAACGGUGAGUUGAUGCUGUUGGUCUGACUUGUAGAGUAUCAAAACCGUUACACUGACCCAUACAGCCGAGUCAUGGCUUGCACCCUUUGGCCGGAAGCUGCUUCACUCGUCAUCGCGCCAAUCAAUUUUUCCGCCAGCCCCAAUUACGAGCCCAAAGGACUCUUGUUAAGCCCCAAUAUGCCCGAGAGCACUAUACAAUCCGAUGACAAUGGAGGUUUUGCGCUUGUUUCCGCUCCCGACGGCUAUGUAGCUCACCUUGGUGGAGUUAUCAACGCAGACGGAGAUGCCAGCCCAGUCCACCUUGACAUUGUUGAGGCAGUCAAGUACAAGUGGGACUCGAAGAAGAACAACACCAUCGGUAACGCGACCAAGCAUAUCACGCAGUUUAUUCGUGAACUCUUGUUUACAUUGAAUCUUCCUCUCUUCCUCACCUCAACUGCGCGACGAUCUGAAACAGGCUCGUUUUCGCUCGCUCCAACAUCGUCUGGCUACAUCACUGACGCUAUUGCAGCAGUUAUCGAGAUGACUUCCCUCUGCGAAGCGACUGCACACGCGCCGCCGAAGACACCGAAAAUGGCUUUCUCACUGUCUUUCCUUCCAGAAAAGAACAUAGAGAACGCCGUUGAGGACGAAGACUUUGUUCUCGUCGGCGCUCGUUACGAUCGUGAGGCUAUCACUGGAGAGAUCAUCAGCGCAGAGCCGGUUGAGGAUGAGCCGGUUGAGGAUGAGCCUGGGGUUCCAUCUCCCGCCACUGCCCGCGAGAUCAUCAAGGUCAUGGCACAGCCAGAGCUGAUCAAUCACUGCGCCAAGGUCCUCUUUUCUCACAGCGAAAUGGGGCCCGCCGACCGUCGAGCCGUAUACGACGCCCGCAAGCGUAUCAUGUACGCCUCUAGCGUGUACCCACCUACAUGCAGUGGUGCAUCGCUCGUCUCAUCGAGAAGCGUUUCGACAACGGAAACCGGGUCAAUCACGACGAGGAAGAGGUCGACCUCCAAAAUUUAG